AUGGACCUCAAAUUCAAAUACCAAUUUUUGGCGGCAGUUACUCAGAUGAAGUGCCAAAUGAAGAACGGCGACUUUAAAAAGAAAUGCGGGGCUGUAAGACAGGAAAUAAACACCUUUGUCCAAAAAGCAACAAAGAACGUCAUCAAAGACUUUACCCAACCAGGUGUCAUUUCACCAGACACCGUCUCAGUCAUUAUCAACGCGAUUUACUUCAAUGGAGAGUGGAAUGAACCGUUCCACAUAUUGCCCAAUAAAAUGGAGUUUGAAGGAGCCGGGGAAGUGACUGCUAUGGAAGUCGACGUUGACUCGUCGGCAAAAGGGCUUGAACAACUCAAAGACAUUGUUUUUAAUACCAUCCAGUCUGUCCCAGAAAAAAGAAAAGUGACAAUCCCAAAAUUCGGUGUCGAGUCUUUAUUUGAAAUGAACGACCAGUUGAUUGAACUUGAACUCACAGACCCAUUCAGCCGUGAUGCUAAUUUUUCGAAAAUGUCCAACACAAAAACAUAUGUCUCGGCAGCAAUCCACAAAGCCGUUGUGUAA